UUGAUGGCCCCAGCGGACCGAACACGCCUUCGAACGAUGGAGUGGAAACGCAACGCGAUGGACAAGCUGAUCCAGGAGUACAAAAAGCAUCCGGUGCUGUACGACAUGCGCCACCCGCGCUACUACAACAAAAACAUACGCCGCCAAGCGCUCACCUCGCUGGUGGACGAAAUGCAGGACGUGCGGCCCGACACGACGCUAAAGGACGUGCUGCGUAAAAUCCAAUCGAUGCGCACCCAAUUCGGUCAGGAAAUCACGAAAGCCCGGCGGCACCUGCGAAACGGCACCGAAUACACCCCCACCGUGUGGUGGUACCAGGGUCUUAGCUUCCUGCAGCACCACAUCAAACACCGGACGGCGGAUUCCUCGCACAUGGCCACGGAUUCGGACGCAUCCUGGAAGCAGGAAAUCGACGACAACAGCACGUACAACGUGUCGAUCGUACGGAACGGUGGUAGCGGAUCACCAACCGACCUGAACAGUGCCGAUUUCGAACACUCCAACGAUGGUACCGAGUUCGAAACGGAGGUCCAUUACGAGAUCAACCCGAUCGACGUGAAAAACAUCAAAUCCGUCGAGCUGAAGCCCAUCCUGCCGCCGGUGAACGCAAACAAGCGCGAGUUGCGUUCGCUUCCGGAGCGAACGGAUCGUAAAAUGGCGCGCCUUUCCCAGGGCACGUUGAACGAUCGCCGUGCGACGAGUUCACCGCUGCGGCAGGACCUUUCCGUCGAACGGCAGGACGCUUCCGGGACGAUCGAAGUCCUUGCGGCGACAAACACGAGCGCGUUCGUUGAAAAUGCCACCCUGCGGACGUUUCCCAUGGGGGACGAUCGCUCCCGAAGCCUCGGGGACUUUAUUUGUGCGCAGAUGUGCAGCAUAAAGGACAAUUACACGUUCUACGAGACGCAGAUGGAGAUCCUGAACGUGGUGAAUCGUGGCAUUUUGCGCCAGCUCGCCAUCGACAAGGGUUGUGAGAGUGGAACUGACCGGGAUACGGUGCGGAGCGGGAUACACUAGGUCCGGAAGGGACACACACGCCCGUUAACACAACGCAGUUAGCAAAAAGGAUUUUCUUUCGUUCAAUUUUCGCACCCAUUACGGUUGUAAGUUCUAUUUCGAUUUAGCCGAAUGCUCCUGUCUAGCGUAAAUUGAUCGUGAAUCCUGCAGAAGAGGGUCAGCAAGCAUAUGGUUCUCCCCCUCCCACCAGGAAAAACGCGUAGAUCCGGCAGCAAACAGCAUCUUCAGUUAGGAUUAAGUGCUACAUUUCUUUCAAAACGCCACACUUCGCGACGUAUGUGUCCCUCGUAAUUGUACAGCGCCCUUAGAAUGGGCAGGACCGGGAAAGGUUGAUUGUAGGGUUAAAUGCAAACCCGCUAAUUCGUACAUACUGACGAGGAAUGUAUGAUUCUAAGCAAAAAAAGAACAACAACCGCAAAUACUUUCCUGUUCUGCUACCAAAAGCUCACCUUCGAGUAGGGGGAACGU